CUUCAGUUUCCCUCUUUUCUACCCACCUACAGCAAAAAAGAUUCGAAUUUGCAGCAGCCAUUAAAGAUGGGUGGGAGAGGAAGGUCUCGAACUCAAAGAAAACACUUUCGACAGAACAGAGAAAAUGUUUGGAAACGCAGCAAACAUGAUGAAGACAACAAUGUUACUACUACAAAUGAUGACAACAACAAAGAACAACAACCUAGUAAUAAAACCCAUUGGGAACCAUUUGCCACUCAAAAUCUUGCCUUUGACGAGUAUUAUAAGGAGCAAGGAAUAGUACCAACUGACGAGUGGGAUGCUUUUGUUGGCUGUCUUAGAACUCCUUUGCCUGCUGCAUUCAGGAUCAACUCCAGUAGCCAGUGCUAUAUGGAUAUUCGGACCAAGUUGGAGAAUGAUUUUAUGAAAACUCUUCAGGCAGAGGGCGUAGAUGGGAGUGAGGUCGAGGGAAUAAAACCAUUACCUUGGUACCCAGAGAAUCUUGCUUGGCAGUCUAAUUUUUCACGCAACCAGUUGAGGAAAAACCAAAUACUUGAGAGGUUCCAUGAGUUCUUGAAGCUACAAAAUGAAAUUGGAAACAUUACAAGACAGGAGGCCGUUAGCAUGGUUCCUCCCCUGUUCUUGGAUGUCCGUCCAGAACAUUUUGCUCUUGACAUGUGUGCAGCUCCCGGUUCGAAAACAUUUCAGUUGCUUGAGAUGAUACACCACUUGGCUGACCCAGGGACAUUACCUAGUGGAAUGGUCUUAGCAAAUGAUGUUGAUGUCCAAAGGUGUAACCUUCUUAUUCACCAAACAAAGAGAAUGUCUACUGCCAACUUGAUCGUCACAAACCAUGAAGCGCAGAACUUCCCGAGCUGUCAUUUAAAUAGAAAUUUUGCAAAUGGUUCUGAGACACAAAAGAGGGAAUUAGAUAUUAAUCAGCUUCAAUUUGAUCGUGUCUUGUGCGAUGUUCCAUGUAGUGGUGAUGGCACUUUGCGCAAGGCUCCUGACAUAUGGAGGAAAUGGAAUACUGGAAAUGGUAAUGGUCUGCACGGGCUACAGAUUCAGAUAGCAAUGCGAGGAUUGUCUUUGCUUAAAGUAGGUGGAAGGAUGGUUUAUUCAACUUGCUCGAUGAAUCCCAUUGAGAAUGAGGCCGCGGUUGCUGAGGUCUUGCGGAGAUGUGGGGGNGCGACGGUACCAGAGGGUCCCGACCGUUAUAAUCUGAGAGAGAACUUUGUUCGAGAUAAAGGAAUGUGGUAUGCUUCUUACAAAGCUGUUCCGGAUAAUCGCAGAGGUGGUGUUGUUCCCGGGAUGUUCCCAUCUGGCAAAACCUAUGCGGAUGCAUCUGAGCAAAAUGAUGAUGCAACUAGAGCUCAAUUGUCUGAUAAUGGAAAUAAUGAUACUUCUGAAAAUGACAUGCCGGUGUUGGAGGAUUCUGCAGCUGCAGCUACAAUCUUGGAUGAUGAGGAAGUUUCAACUCUCCCGCUGGAACGUUGUAUGAGGAUAGUGCCGCAUGAUCAGAAUAGUGGAGCCUUUUUUAUUGCUGUAUUUCACAAGCUUUCUCCUUUGCCAGCUUCAGCCUUUCAGCAGAAGAAACCUGUCUCUCUGCGGGAGAAGUUGAAUUCCAGUAAUAUUCAAGCUGAAAGUUUAACAACUAAGGUUAAAGAAGAUGAGAAUGUUGAGGAUGUUAAGCCAGUGGAUUCUGUUGGUAAUGAAGAUGUGACUAUGGAUGAUGCUGAUAUUCAAGCUGAAAGUUUAACAACCGAGGUUAAAGAAGAUGUAAAUGUUGCGGAUGUUAAGCCAGUGGGUUCUGUUGGUAGCGAAGAGACGACUACAGUUGAUGCUGGUAAUGGGACAGAUGAAACUAUUUUGGAUGCUGAGCCCAGUGAAACGUUGGAGAAAAAAGAGAAAGACGAAACUCAACCUUCUACUGAUACAAGAGCUGAGCCUGAGACUAAUAGAGGGAAAAGAAAAUUACAAAUGCAAGGCAAGUGGAGAGGGGUUGACCCGGUUAUAUUCUACAAAGAGGAGGCAGUUGUGGGUAAGAUAAAGGAUUUCUAUGGUAUCAAGGAUUCUUUUCCAUUUGAAGGACAUCUAAUUACUAGGAAUAGCGAUAUGAACCAUGUGAAGAGAGUUUAUUAUGUGUCGAAGUCUGUGAAGGAAGUUCUGCAUCUCAAUUUUCUAGCUGGUCAGCAGCUUAAAAUUGCUUCAGUUGGGCUCAAGAUGUUUGAGCGCCAAACAUCAAAAGAUGGUGCAUCUGCACCAUGUAUAUUCCGCAUAUCAUCUGAAGCGUUGCCUUUAAUGCUGCCAUACUUAACAAAACAAAUAUUAUACGCAUCUCCUGCGGACUUCAAGCAUCUUUUGCAGUACAAGAGCAUUAAACUUGGUGAUUUUGUUGAUGCUGGAUUUGGUGAAAAAGCCUCACAGCUGUUGAUGGGUUGUUGUGUCGUGGUUCUGAACAAAGACAAUAAGACGCUGUCAGAAGCUCAAGCGGAUCCAUCAACUAUCGCUAUAGGAUGCUGGAGAGGCAGGUCUAAUAUCUCAGUGAUGGUCACUGCACUUGAUUGCCAAGAGCUGCUGGAGAGGAUGUCAAUGGGUGUGGAGGAGGAAACAGAUUCGUCCUUGCCGGAAACCAAGACAUUAACUGCAGAGGCAGAUGAAAUAGUUGAAGCAGAGGAAGGUGAAGUUAAAGAAGACACAAAACAACCAUGAGAGACUAAAACUAACAAUUUUGGAAACUGUUAUAGGUGUACCAUGAUUGUGAAUUUCUUAAUUGUUUGUUUGUAGGUUGCUUCAGUUUAUUCAAUAUAUCUACAACAAAAAUUUUAAGAUGAAGAUAAUUUGUAUACUUUAACAGUAUGUUGAAGAAUUGAGUAUCAUAUUCUGCAGCAAAUUUCUAGUUAGUACAAAUAGCAGCAUAUGAUAUUGGGAAAAAGAGGGCUAUAAAAUGCAAACAUUUAUGGGUCGA